AUGUCGUAUCACGAUAGGGAUCUACAGAGGAUCAACGUCGUUGAAGUAAGGAUCGACUUUAGGACCGAGCUGUUCACUGAGAAAUUCGAGGAUACUCCGGUAAUUUCAUACAUCAAGAGGGACGACCUAAGGACGUUGGUGAGCGUGGUUCAAAUGCGAAUCGCUAAGUUAAACGUGGGUGCCGAGGUGGGGGGCGCGUGGUCUUGCUGCCUGCCGUGCGCCGGCGGCGGCGGGGGUGGUGCUGCUGUCUCGGGGGCCACCCCCGAGGCUAAGAAGGGUUCCGCUUUGCUGAAGCAUCAGCACUACCAGCAGCCCCAUCAGCAGAAGAAGGGCCAGCUGCACGAACAUCAGCAGCAGUCGAGGGGCCAGCUGGAGCAGCAGCAGCAACUCCAGCAGCAACACCAUCAGCAGCAGUACCAGCAGUAUCAGCAGCCGAAGCGCAUCUGCGUGGCGCACGUGAAAGAGCGGGCGCCCCUCAGCGACCUUGAUGAGGACCUAGACGACCUCGACGACGAGAAAGAGGUCGAGCUCAGGACCGAGGAGGAAGACUACGCCAAGGAAGGCGGUACUCAGCACAGACUCAGUCCACGGCUGCACGACAUCGAGGAGGAGGACGAUGAGGAGGGUCGUAACAUUCGAGAGAGACCCUACCAGAAGAAAUCGCCGACGCCGAGCAGCGGCGGCGGCGGCAGCAGGACGGGCUGGCGUUCGCGCAGGAGCGUCACGACGGCCGGUGCUCCUGGUGGGCAUCAGCAUCACGUGAUCGCUAGUGCCGCCGCGACGGCGCAGGCCAGGAUGCAGGCCGAGCAGGGCAGCAUCGGCGAGCUACGUGGGUACCACAACCUGCGCUCCCGCCGACACACCCUGGCGAACGUACGGUGAGUCUGGACUUUAUUCGAGUUAUAUACUCUAUCGUUAGAUAGAGCUGAUCAUCGCACCGUAAGUCGAUACUUCUAUUUCACUGUUACUGUUCGCUACGUAGAGCUGAGUUUCUCGAACGUUGAGUUUCACGACUGAUAAGGCGAGCUUCUCCUUAUCAACGGCAUCACGUCGGUACGGCAGUUUGCCGGCCAAUGCGCGAUACCGACGGUCACACUUUCCUCUUCGUGAUGUAGUGGCCGAUGGUUACGCGAGGACUGCGUGUACCCACUGAAGUUCAUUCGAUUGAUAACCUCUCGACACGCGGAACCGAGUUUUAUCUACGAUAAAAUUAAUGAGUGCGCCGGAUGUGUUGACUAAAGACGAAUUGAUGGUUAGCGUUGUGAAUAAUGAAGCGAGUUUGCUCUCUCUCUCUCCCUCCCGACGACGGGAAUCUUAUCGAGAGCUUCGGCCGCUAAUGUUCAAUCUUAUAAACGUUCAACGAUUCAACGCCGUCCUGCUGUUACGAGAUAAAAAUGUUAUCGAAGCAGCUUAUCGGGCUUUAUCGUUCGUGGCAAGAGUGGACACUUACUUUGCCAAUAUUAAUUUUUAAUCUUCGCUAUUUGCACAAAGAGUUACUUGAACUGCCGUGUAAACACAGUGGGCGAUGUGCUCGACAAAUAUCAACUUUACACGAAUUUAUGAAAAAUUCGGUUAUAGGGAUGGAAAAUAUUCCUGCAGAAGAUUCCUACUUAGCCAAUUGCUCUCAGUUAACUCAACUGAAUUUUAAUGCAACUGAAUGUUCAGACGAAUAUUUCUGGUCACGGUAAAGCAUAUUGAUCUACAAUGUGCUCUUUGCUUCCUGUUUCUUGUUCUCUAUCCCCUUGUUCACAACCUUGCUUUAAUCUUUAAGCCAUAAUAAAUUGACCAGUUGAUUAUUUUAAAAAUAAUGUACUGUGGUUGGUCAAUUUCUUACGGCUUAAGAAUUAAAGCAAGUUUGUGGACAAGGGAUAUCCUUUUCUGACUUAUGGCAUAAAACGUAAAUCAAUGAGAGAUGAAGAAAAAGAAACAGGAAACUAAGAGCACAUGAUAGAUUAAGUUUAAAGCCUAAUCUACUAUUCGCUCUUUGCUUCCUAUUUCUUGUUCUCUGUCUUUUUUGGCUUAAGCCUGAUCUACAAUAUGCUCUUUGCGUUCUGUUUCUUGUCUUCUGUCUUUUUCUGGCUUAAAGUUUAAGGUUUGUUAGAAAGAGAUAAAGAGUCAAAAAGAGAGUCAGAAAGAGAUAAAGAGAAAGGAGCAGGAAGCAAAGAGCAUAUUGUAGAUCAGGCUUUAAGGUUUGAGAUAGAAAGAGACAAACCCAAAAAGAAACAGAGAGCAAAGAACAUAUCGUAGAUUAAGCUUAAAGUCUCAUCUACAAUAUGUUUUGCAAUGUGAUCUGCGAUAUGUUUUUUACUUUCUGCUAUCUUUUCUCUCUCCAACUUACAUCUUAUGCCAUAAACUGGGAAAAGAUAGAAAACAAGAAAUAAGAAGAAAAGAAUACAUUGUAGUUUAGGUCUUAAGCUUAAUCUACAAUUUGUU